UGUUUGCAAGCUACUGCUUUUCUCUCCUUUCCCCCUCCCUCCCUCUCUUGCUUUUGGCAUCCCCCAUCCCCCACUCAGUGUCUGUGAACGCUUGUUUCUAACGCCGCUUGCAAGCCCGAAAUCGUCAGACCAGAGCGAACCGGAGAAGGAAGCCGCCAGUUUUUACGUAAAAGAGGAUAAAUACACUGAAAUAUAACUAAUCUAAAUAGCCUGGAAACACAUAAAGGAGUUAAUAAAUACAUUAUCAUUCGUCUUGAUUGAUUUGCAUAUCCAUUCCUUCUCCUCCUUCAUUAGCCUUUCCUCCCCCCACUGAGAAUGGCAAGCGGGCACCCCACUGACAAAUUCACUUUCUUGUACCAACCAGACAGCAGUCAGAACCUGAAGAGUAAGAAUAGACUGUCUUCCAAUAUGAACCCCGUUUAUAGUCCCGUCCAGCCCGGGACACCCUACGGAAACCCCAAGAAUAUGGCAUAUGCCGGUUACCCGUCAGGCUAUCCCACCGCAGCUCCUACCUACACACCUAACCUCUACCAGACAGGGAGUCCAGGGUAUCCACCAGUGCUGCUGGUGAAGCAGAGCUGGCCCCAGAACCCUGCUGGCCCCGGGGCCACAGACGGCUCCUAUGACCUGGCCGUGGACGCGGGCUCUGAGAGCAGGCAGUACCAGGCCUCGUCUGCAGCAUUCAGAUAUACUGCAGGGACGCCCUACAAAGUGCCCCCCACCCAGAGCAAUGGAGCCCCUCCACCUUACUCCCCCUCCCCCAACCCCUACCCCGCUACCAUGUACCCCAUCAGAAGUGCCUUCCCCCAGCAGAACCUCUAUGCUCAGGGUGCUUACUACACACAGCCCAUGUAUGCGGCCCAGCCGCAUGUAAUCCACCACACCACCGUGGUGCAGCCCAACAGCAUGCCCUCUGCAAUCUACCCGGCACAAGUCCAGGCCCAGCGUUCCAAUGGCGUGGCUAUGGGCAUGGUGGCCGGUACCACGAUGGCCAUGUCAGCAGGCACCCUGCUGACCACUCCUCAGCACAAUCCUAUGGGAGCGCAUCCCGUUACCGUGCCAACAUACAGGCCCCAAGGAACCCCUGGCUACAGCUAUGUGCCACCUCACUGGUAGAGCUCAUCUACCAUAUCAUAUCUGGAGUCCAAACAUCGUAUGCAACUACUCAAGUCUUACAUGGGCGCUCUGUGAUCACCAUGGAAACGCCACGUCUGUUUGCAAGAACAAAAGAAAAAAAAGUGCAAGGGUCACUUUAUGCAUUCUUGAGUGUUUUUGUAAAAGCUGCUUUUUUAUUUUUUUAUUUAAAGUUUUGUUUCUGAACAUUUUUUUUUUUUUUUUUUUUGCCUAUCAGUUGUUGCAGUUUAUUUUUACAAUCUUCAUCAUUAUUUCCAGAGAAACUCCAGAAUGAUUUUGACCAACCACAACUCUUAAGUGAUCUGUUUAUGUUCCGUAAUGACGCUUGUGUGUAGGUGUGUGCUAAAGCGCGCAAUGUCAUCACCAUUAUGGUUAUCAUCAUAAUCAUGAACUUAUGCUGCCAAAUUUUCUAACUUUUAGAUAUUAGCACAGUUUUUUUUUUAUUAUUAUUAUUAUUUUCAGGGUUUUUUUCCCCUUAUUCUCUCUCAGAGUGGUCUGCGAAAGGUUAAGGUCUUUUGUUUUAAACCCUUUUUUAUUUCCGUUAAUUUUUUUUUCCCCCUCAGAUUUCUGUUCAUCUUCCAGUACCGAUAACAAGGGUGUCUUCCAGCUUGUAGCUGUUUAUUAGGUAGAUUUGUAUUGAAUAUAUUCGCUGUCUGGCAGUGCAAAUCGUGGUUUUCAAUUUCAUUAGGUAUCGGAGUACUUAGUUUUCACAGAGUAGAAAGCAUUUUUGAGUAAACCAGUUUGUUUAUUAGUCAGCUUCUAAAUUAUAACGCGUAUAUAUAUUUAUAAUAGGUGUGUGCAUGUGUGUGCUCAUGCUACGCACGCAAAUUGCACGUAGGCACACACAUUCAUGAUAAAAACACACACGGCCCCCCACUCCCACUCUUGCUACACACACAUUACACAUAACAUUCUCAUGUGUAUGGGUGUGCAGUGGGUUUAAGGGUUGAACAUUAAGCAGGAUCUAUGUGUGUGUGUGUGUGUGUGCGCGCGUGUGUGUAUGCGUGGAUAUGUGUGUUUGUGUGUAUGUGUGUGCGUGCGUGUGUGUGUGUGUGUGGCACUUAACUGGACUUUCAGGUCUGAUGUCAAUCUAAUAAUCAAAAAAGUGAAUUUAAAAUGAGUGCCAAGCCCUGUGAGGACAUAAGGGGGAGGGGGGGGUCAGGUUGGAUCCAAGAACAUUCAGGAAAACGCGUCAAGGAGUUAAAGGGAUGCUAGUGGAUUUGGGGGUGUUUAAAAGGAGUUCAGUAAGAACAGAAACUCAAGAACAGAUUAAAGCAGAGGCCCACAGAGAGGCACUGAGGGUGACCCGUGACCCUGCCCCCUCUCCUCCUCCCAGGCCAGCCUUGCUGUUAAGACUAGUGGCACAGCAGCACUGACCCAAGUCCUCUGAGGGAUGGUGGGUUAUGGGUGGGCUUUGUUGCACAGGAUGAAAUGUGUAGCGGCUGAGAUCAAACCAGUUCUUAAAUGCAAUAAUAAGAAAGCCUGCCUUACUGGCCCAUAACAGUAAUGACAUUUUGUAAAAAAGCAGAACGGGGAGGGGAGAAAGGAUAGCAAUUCUGUGAACUAUUCCAGGAUAUCCCAGUAGUCUACCAUAAUAUACCCAGAAAUGACUAUAGUACAGUACAUAUCAUAAUAACCUUAUUCAAUAUGUGUGAAGAAGCAUUGCACAAUGACAAAUAAGACAAUAAGUUCAUACAGUACAUAGGUACAAGGUACAUUAUUUUAUUUAACGAAAUGUUAAGGAAAAAAAGAACAACUCUUUAGUACGGUACCCUUUAGUCACAAUAACGUGUUUGUAAGUAAUUCUCAGCGGACAGCAUCAAGUAUUCUUUUUAAUCAUUAAGGCAAAUUAACCACUAUUUCAAUAUCUCAAGCUCAAGAAAGUUGAUGUUUCUCAGUGGAGUAGCCUAGGCGUACAAGUGAACCAUAUUUGUCUGUAACAUUGCAUGGGUCAUGCAAAAGAAUGCAGUAUAUAUACUCACAAAGAGCAGCUUUGUGCUCUCUUGCAAAGCAUGGUUGCAUCAAGUUGGAUUGCAGCUUUGGGUUGUGCUUUCAAAAAUCUUUCCCGAGCAAUCACAUUCCCUCUGAAGCUACAAGAGUAGGGUGGAGAGAGAGAGGGAGAGAGAGAGAGAGAGAGUAUGUCAAAGGGAGGGUUGAUAUAAAGAGGCACUAUUAUAUAUGGAGUAUGUAAUGUUUUAAAAACAUUCCUACUGAAUGGGAGCACUUUCCGUGAAAAGAAAAUGGCAUUCCAGUGGCUGAAGAACAAUGGCAGUAAUGCAGUUUGAUUAGUUAAAUUCUUUUGUUUGGGUUUCUUUGGGGAACAGAUUAUUAUUCUGUGCCGAUUUGGUUUAAUUGCGGGUGAUUUCUUAGACUCUAGAGUUUGAGCUGCCUCACCACUGACGGUAAGGAUUCAACUUCUACUAUCUUGCGUAGAUCUCGUGUAAGCAUUCUUCAUUUCAAUGUUCCUCUUUUGCCUGAACUCUUUGACAUCCUCUCUCGUCCAUUUCUCCCAAAAUGUGGGGUGGUCAAAACCAAGAAACAACAAAGGCAUUUCUCCUCUCACAUCAGUAUUAGAGGGAGCAUUCAAACGUGUUUAGUGUAUCUUUGCUACUCAUUGAUUUGUAACACUAAGACUUGAACAAUGCAAUUGGUUUUUUGAUAGGUUCUCUGGCCCAGUGACAAAUGCAGGGAAGUGCCAGAUCUAAUUCUGGUGAUCCACAGUGGAUUUUCAGACCUCUAGAGAUGCAUCCUAGGAUUUGGCAGUUGUCAUCCAGUAUAUAUUUUACACUGAGAGCUGAGAUAUAUAUAAAAAAAAAGACAAAAUAAUUUUCAAAUGAAAACACAGGUUGGUUUUAAAAAUUUGAGAGGAAAUAACCUAGGAUUUGCGGAAGUCCAUUCUGACAUGUGAUUUAAGCGCUUUUUACCAUAAGUGUUAUUUAAGGUUUUAAUGAUGAUUGAUGUUUAUUAUUCUUAAAUAGAGGAUCUUUAUGGUUGAGCUGAAGUGUGAUGCGUCUGUGCGGUUCGUGGGCAUUUCAGAGCACAAGUCUAAAGGGGUUCUCUUUCUCAAGUACACUAGAGUCUUUCUUUGCCAUCUCUCUACCCCUGUAAACUUUAAGAGGGGAGGGGGCACCAUCAUGCUUCUAUAACUCUAAAAAUGUAAGGGACUUCAUAUUAUUAACUAUAUUUGCAGCAAGGCGAUGAUGUUUAUUCACAGUUAUAUAAACUCAAUUCAGUUAAAAAGCAAAAAAGAUCUGAGCUUCAAAUCAGCAUUAGAAUCAGAGCCCAUUUACUCAUUAGCCAUUGCCUAAAUUGAACAGCGACAUCUGGACAAGAUCCAAAUGUCUCUGCUUCAGCUUAUUCAGUCAUACAUAUUUCAAUAUGACGGAAUGAAAAUAAACCAGCCAAGGUGACGUUUAUGAACCUGGAAAACUUGGCCAGUCAUGGGUCGGCUAUUGAUUGUUGUUGGCAGGAAAACCAGGAUGCAGGUAUAGAAACGUAUUUUGUGUUGCCAUGACUUUUGCCAGAGAGGUAGAUUUUGUUGUUUUGUUUACCCCAUUUGUUGACAUCUGUUCACAUCACAUUCCAUGCCACAAUUAGAAUUUGAAACCAACACACAACAGAAAGUGGUGUGACGAUCUUGUGCUUGGUUAGAAUCAGAGAGAAACACAGUGUUUCCACUAGCACCAGUCCAGUGCAGUCCUUCUGUUAGAGAUCAAGGGGGCCCUUAAUUGACAAGAACAUGAUCUGAUUUGAUUACAUUGACAUAAUGUCACAUAUGAGAAUAUUGGAUUUUGCAUACAUAAUGUUUCUUGCUCCCACUUCCUCCGGUCAGUCAAAAUGUUUAGAUGAUCCCAAGACUGAGGUUGAACCCUGUAGUUAAAAACGCUACUGUGAGGGAAACAGUAAGUUCAUUGUUAAUAGGAGAUUUUGAUUUCAAAGUGUAGGAAAAAAAAAGAAAAUGUGAAACACUAAUUGUAAUGUAAGAGUCCUUGUCUUCCAAGAUAUAUCCUGAGCAUUUAUAGGGACAUCCCCCACCUAAGAAAACUGUAACCCAGCUGACACUGUGUUCUGGUAAUGUUCCUACAAUGUUGUGGUUAGAUCUGGGCAUGUUUUUCACCAAUGUUUUGAGAAUCGUAGAAUGUCCAGCAUCAGCUAAUGGGCUUGUGGAGCAGGGAGACCCAUGUCAGGCUUGUGAUAUGAAGUGUAAAUCUGUUUUUUUUUUUUAUGUUUUUGUUCAUUUUUUUUUUUUUUUUUUUGAGGAUCAGUUAGUGAUCUCUGUGACAUAAUUAAGCCAAGUUUGUAAUUGUAUAAUAUUUACUGUAAGAUGUAGAACAUUCAAUAACUAUUAAAAUCUUUCCCAAAAAAAAA